AUGGACUGGAAGGUUGUCCAAGCGUCGUGGGUGUUGCCCUCGUUGCGUGGCAAAGGGUUUCCCCAGCAGCACGCGUCGGUGCUGAGUCAUCUCAUCGGGCAUGAAGGACAAGGCUCAUUACUUUCCUACCUCAAGAAGAGAAAGUGGGCAAACAGCGUCUAUGCAGGAAUCGUUGAAGAUUACGACGAAUUCUCACUCUUUGUAGUGGGCUUCGACGUGACGGACGACGGCAUCGAACACGCUGACGAUGUCCUGAAGGCCAUGUUCCAAUACAUCAACUUGAUGCUAGCGUCCUCGUGGGAAAAGUGGAUGUUUGACGAGUUGGAAAUCAUGUCCAAGACGCACUACAUGUUUCAGAGCAAGAACCCUCCUGCUGACUUCACGAGUGUCGUCGCCGCGAACAUGCACAUCUACCCGAAGCGUGACAUCAUUUCAGAAGGAGUUCUAUACUUCCCUUACGAAUGGGAGCAGGCUUUUGAGCUUCUAAAGCUAAUGAAUCCCGAGAAUUUGAGAGUGCUUGUUGCGUGCCAAACAUUCGAAGAGCGUACAACGACCGAAGAGAAAUGGUACGGCACGAAGUACCGAGAAAUGCCGCUAUCCCAGGAGUUUAUGGAAGAGAUGGCAAAUCCGGAAAAUAAUUGUGCGCUACGUCUGCCGUAUCCGAAUGCUUUCGUGGUGACAGACUUGAAUAUUGUGGGCGAGAACACCGUGGAUACCCAACACCAGCACCCGCGACUCAUUCGUGAUGACGAUUUUUGUCGCGUAUGGUACAAACCUGAUGUGAAGUUUAAGAAACCCCGGACAUUUGCUGUCGCGACAUUCCACUCACCGGAAGUGAAUCCUACUCCGUACAACUACGCGCUUUCGGCGCUUUUUGUUGCAUGUCUGAAAGAUGAGCUGAAUGAAUAUUCAUACGACGCUCUAUUGGCCGGUAUGAACUACAAAUUGCGUCUCAAUGGAAGCAAUAUCUACUUGAGUACUGGAGGGUACAGCUCGAAGUUACCCAUACUGGUUCAGCGGAUCCUGGAAGUCAUGGGUAACUUUGAAAGCCACAUUGGGGACGAGGCAUUUGAACGUGUGAAGCACGCCAAGUGCCGAUCCUUUGAGAACAUGCGCCUGGAGGAAGCGCACCGCCACGCAGUCCAGCUAGAGUCGAACUUGCUGCAUGAACGAAGCUGGAGCGUAGACGACAUCGUUAGUGCGAUCCGGACCUGCUCAUUUCGUGACGUCAUAGCACACUCGAAGCGUCUGUUUCGACAAGUCUUCUGUGACAUCCUCCUGUAUGGCAACUUAAACUUGUAUGCAGCGAUGGAUCUUGCGGGGGUCAUCGUGGAUCAAGUUCGCGCAUCUCGAGCUCUAUCCAUGCCGUCGUCGAAGAAGUACUGGAUUGGGCGACAGGUUAAGCUUUCCUGUGGAGUGCACGUCGUCUACAAACAUGUUCACCCCAACCCAGACAACGCGAAUUGCGCCGUGAACUGCAUCUACCAGAUUGGCGCGGAAAACUACAUGGACCGCGCUAAGUUGGCUUUGUUCUGUCAAAUUGUUGACGAGCCGCUUUUCGACCAGCUGCGCACAAAAGAACAGCUUGGAUACACUGUGUAUUCGACCCCCUCCCGUGGGAAUGGCGUGCAGUCGUUUAAGAUUGUGGUGCAAUCUAAUGUCGCCCCACCGGAAUUCAUUGAGCAACGAAUUGACUCGUUCUGGUGUGAUUUCCGCAAUACCUUGACGAGUAUGCGCUUGGAUCAAUUGCAGAAGCACAUUCAGUCCGUCGUCAAGGGCUACAUUGAAAAACCCAAGAGCCAGGAGGAGGAGGUGCAAGCUCUACUCGUCGAGAUUGCGAAUCACCAGUACGAAUUUGGUCGCAAGAUGAAUUUGGCGGAAGUGGUGCGUACGUUGCAACUCGCUGAUGUGCUCGAGUUCUUCGACGACUUCGUUCACCCUGGAGGUUCACAACGAAAGAAACUGAGUGUGCACAUAUACGGGAACGAGACUCGCCUCGAGAAGCUAGCAGAUUGCUCUGAAACUGGCUGGUCCACCUUCAAUACAGAAAGCCAAGCUGGUCUCAUGGCUGCUAUGGCUCUCGGCGCAUCUUCUUUCGGAUCAUCUGACGCGAAGACUGAGUACAUCAAAGACUCGGAAGAGUUCAAGCGUCGAACACCAUGCUACGAGGUACAAGUCACGUCUCUAGAGAAUCAACUGUAGUAUUCUAGUUGGUUAGACACAAUAAGCCGUUAGCCAUCAGCAACAUCUAACGUUGCAGCAUUGCUAA